AUGGGCUUCGGUCAGGCAUUGGCGGCAACUAGGCGGUGGCCACUCUCUGUGUGCUCUCUCACAACACAGCGAGCCAAUCACACGCUCUGUCACGCCCAGCGACACACCACCCGCAGCGCAUCUGCUGUACGUCCAACAGCACGUAUCAGCAGCCCCAGUCGCAGCCCCAGCGGCGUCUGUGCCAACGCUAGUCGGACGCCUCCAGCUGGUGUCGGCGGUGCUGUUGCCAUGGCUUUUAGCUCCCAUCAUGGGCGUACAACACUGGGUCCAGGACACGCAAGGACAGAAAUGACCCCGCCCCCUCCAUCAACUUCUACAAACCCCUCUGCACUCUCCUCCAAAAUUUCCUCCCAAAGGACUUCUCAGAUAGCUCGUCACCUAUCGAGUGCAUCUCCCUCCUCAUCCCAAAGCCAGUCCCCCACUGUCGCUAAAAAUCCCAACACAAUGUCCGAGUACACCCUUCGCAAGGUGGCUCCUGCCAACACCCUCGAGCACCGUGUUUACAUUGAAAAGGAUGGCAUUCCGGUCUCCCCUUUCCACGAUAUCCCUCUGUACGCCAACAAGGAGCAGAACAUUCUCAACAUGGUCGUUGAGAUUCCUCGCUGGACCAAUGGCAAGCUCGAGAUCUCCAAGGAGGAGCUUUUCAACCCCAUCAAGCAGGAUGUGAAGAAGGGCAAGCUUCGAUUCGUCCGCAACUGCUUCCCCCACAAGGGCUACCUCUGGAACUACGGUGCCUUCCCCCAGACCUGGGAAGACCCCAACAGCGUCCACCCCGAGACCAAGGCCAAGGGUGACAACGACCCUCUUGACGUUUGCGAGAUCGGCGAGCUUGUCGGCUACCCUGGCCAGGUCAAGCAGGUCAAGGUCCUCGGUGUCAUGGCUCUCAUCGACGAGGAGGAGACCGACUGGAAGGUCAUCGUAAUUGACAUCAACGACCCUCUCGCUCCCAAGCUCAACGACAUUGAGGAUGUCGAGCGCCACCUCCCUGGCCUCCUCCGUGCCACCAACGAGUGGUUCCGUAUCUACAAGAUCCCUGACGGCAAGCCCGAGAACCAGUUCGCCUUCACUGGCGAAUGCAAGAACAAGGACUACGCCCUCGACGUCGUCCGUGAGUGCGGUGAGGCCUGGGAGCGCCUGGUCACUGGCAAGACCGCCGCCAACGGUGUUUCUAUUGGCAACACCACCGUUCAACGCUCCACCGGUUUCAUUCCUGCCAACCAAGUCCCUGCUCUUCCUCCUCACCAGGAUCUCCAGCCCGAGAAGAUUGACAGCUCCAUUGACAAGUGGUUCUUCAUCAGCGGUGCUGCCAACUAA